AGGAUGCAUUCACUGGCCCUCCUCUGUGUAAUUGUGACGGUCUCCGUCACUCGGGCUCGGCCUCACCUGCCUCCUCUCUCCUCAGAGAUGGUCAACUUUAUAAACAAGGCCAACACCACCUGGACGGCCGGGCAGAACUUUCCUAACGUUGAUGUAAGAUAUGUGAAAGGACUGUGUGGCACAAUACUGAAUGGACCCAAGCUGCCAGAGGUGCUUCAUGAUGUUGAAGGCAUAAAGCUUCCAGACAGCUUCGACCCACGCCUGCAGUGGCCCAACUGUCCCACAAUCCAACAGAUCAGAGACCAGGGCUCCUGUGGGUCCUGCUGGGCCUUCGGGGCAGCUGAGGCAAUAUCCGACAGAUUAUGUAUCCACAAUGGUGGCAAGAGCUCUUUGGAGAUCUCAGCUGAAGAUCUACUGUCCUGUUGUGAUGAAUGUGGCAUGGGCUGUUUUGGUGGUUUUCCCUCUACUGCUUGGGAAUUCUGGGCAAAGAAAGGACUCGUGACUGGAGGCCUGUAUGGCUCCAACAUAGGUUGCAGGCCCUACACCAUCGCUCCCUGUGAACAUCACGUGAACGGAACUCGUCCUCCGUGUCAAGGCGAACAGGACACUCCUAAGUGUGUGGAGCAUUGCAUUGAUGGAUACUCUCCAUCCUAUCAGAAGGAUAAACACUUUGGUAGACGCACGUAUUCCGUCCCAUCCCAGCAGGAGCAGAUCAUGACAGAGCUGUACAAGAAUGGGCCCGUGGAGGCAGCUUUCUCUGUCUAUGCAGAUUUUCUGCUGUAUAAGACUGGUGUGUACCAGCAUGUGACAGGGGAAAUGCUGGGUGGUCAUGCCAUCAAAAUCCUGGGCUGGGGGGAGGAGAACGGGACGCCUUACUGGCUGGCUGCAAACUCCUGGAACAGUGACUGGGGAGAUAAAGGUUUCUUCAAGAUCAAGCGUGGAAAUGAUGAAUGUGGUAUUGAGUCAGAGGUGGUUGCAGGAAUCCCACUCAACUAGAUAAAAUGAGUCCUGGCCUCAGACAAUCGUCAUGUCAAGUCAAUCAAGAUAUAUUUAAAAUGAAGAUUGCAUUUUGUGGCAGAGUUGGCUUGAGAUUUCAGGUAAUCAUCAAAGAAUAAAUU